UUGCCUUCCUCUUACUUACCUGCCUUCUUUUUCCUCUUUAUUAUCCCCAUUUUGCCUCUCUCUAAUGUACCUUACCGCCUUCUUACCUUCCUCAUUAUUCCCAUAUUUGCCUUCCUCUCUCUUGCGUCUUCUUCCUUUCCUCUUUCUUAUCCCCCAUUUGCCUCUCUCUCGCUUACCCUUCUUACCUUCCUCAUUAUUCCCAUAUUUUCCUUCCUCUUACCCUUCUUCCUUUUUCCUCUUUAUUAUCCCCAUAUUUGCCUCUCUCUCACUUACCGCCUUCUUACCUUCCUCAUUAUUCCCUUAUUUGCCUUCUCUUACCACCGCCUUCUUCCUUUUCCUCUUUAUUAUCCCCAUAUUUGGCCUCUCUCCCUUACCGCCUUCUUACCUUCCAUAUUUGCCUUCCAUAUUUGCCUUCCUUUUCCUCUUUACUUACCCUCUCUUUCCUUUCCUCCUCAUUAUCCCCAUAUUUGCCUUCUCUCUUUUCACCUUCUUCCCUUUUACCUUCCUCAUUAUUCCCACCUUCCUCCCAUUUUCCAUAUUUCCUCUUGCCUACCUUCUUCCUUUCCUCUUUAUUAUCCCCAUAUUUGCCUCUCUCUACUUACCUUCUUACCUUCCUUUAUUCCCAUAUAUGCCUUCCUCUUACCAACCUUCUUCCUUUCCUCUUUUUAUCCCCCCCAUAUUUGCCUCUCUAAGCUUACCUUCUUCCCUUAUUCCAUAUUUGCCUUCCUCUUACUUACCAUAACUCUUCCUUUCCUCUUUAUUAUCCCCAUAUUUGCCUCUCUCUCUUUUUCGCCUUCUUCGCCUUCCUCAUUAUUAUUCUAUAUUUGCCUUCCUCUACUUACUAACUCUUCCUUUCCUCUUUAUUAUCAUAUUAUUUAUCUCAAACACCGCCUUUUUCGCCUUCCUCAUUAUUCCAUAUUUGCCUUCCUCUUACUUACAUAUUCUUCCUUUCCUCUUUAUUAUGACAUAUUUGCCUCUCUCCUUACCUUCUUACCUUCCUCAUUAUUCCCAUAUUUGCCUUUCUUCUUCUUACCUUCUUCCUUACUCUCUUUAUUAUCCCCCAUAUUGUUGCCUCUCUCGCUUUCCGCCUUCUUUCCUUCCUCAUUAUUCCCAUAUUUUCCUUCCUCUUACUUACACUUCUUCCUUUCCUCUUUAUUAUCCCCCCAUAUUCAUUAUUCCCCUCUCUCUCUUACCUUUCCUUUCCCACUUCUUACCUUCCUCAUUAUUCCCAUAUUUGCCUUCCAUCUUACUUACUAUCCUUCUUCCUUUCCUCUUUAUUAUCCCCAUAUUUGCCUCUCUCUGCACCUUUACCUUCCUCAUUAUUCCCAUAUUUGCCUUCUUUUUUACCGCCUUCUUCCUUUUCCUCUUUAUUAUCCCCAUAUUUGCCUCUCUCCUUUACCCUUCUUCCUUCCUCAUUAUUCCCACAUUUUGCCUUCCUCUUACUUGGCCUUCUUCCUUUCCUCUUUAUUAUCCCCAUAUUUGCCUCUCUCUCCUUACCACCUUCUUACCUUCCUCAUUAUUCCCAUUUGCCUUCCUCUGCCGCCUUCUUCCUUUCUCUUUAUUAUCCCCCAUUUAUUUCCCCUCUCUAGCUUACGCCUUCUUACCUUCCUCAUUAUUCCCCAUAUUUUUCUUCUUACUUCCUUCUUACUUUCCUCUUUAUUAUCCCCAUAUUUGCCUCUCUCUUAUUACCCCUUCUUACCUUCCUCAUUAUUCCCAUAUUUUACCUUCCCUUCCUCUUCUUCCUUUCCUCUUUUUAUCCCCUAUGUUGCCUCUUUCUUGCUUGCCUUUUUACCUUCCUCAUUAUUCCUAUUUGCCUUCCUUCUUACUUAUCCGCCUUCUUCCUUUUCCUCUUUACCUUUAACCCCAUAUUUGCCUUCUUCUUCGCUACCGCCUUCUUACCUUCCUCAUUAUUCCCAUUUGCCUUCCUAA